GCUUUAAAUAGCGGAUCAGAUCUGGUCCAUUCUAUUCUAACAACCCACCCCCCAAUCCCCACCUUCCGUGUGUGUUUUUUUAAUAGCUGGUAUUUAAAGUGACCCAUUUAUGGCAAAUACACAGGAAGGGAUGCUAUCCCCGCACGGUUGCGAUUCGUACAAGACUUCCGGAUCGACACUAAAUUGUAGAGAAAUGUGCUGAUUUCUGUAUAGUCCAAUUUCUCCUUUGCAACUAGCAACAAGAAGAAUCUUUUGGAGGAUGGAAUAGCGCGGCUAAAGCCCAUUGUGUCUGCACAGAUCUCCCUGCAGCAUUCUCUGGAAAACUGUUGCUUGCUUUUUAUUGUGUUUUACUUUCAGCUACAAUUGGCGGGGGUACACCGGACGGUGUUUGAGAUACCAGAGCUGGAGGGGAGGAGGAGACGGAAGGGUCUGACCGGUAUUGAGCUCCGGAAGGUGGACGCGAUGGAACUGAGAGAGCAGGUACUCCUCAUUCUGUGAGGAGAGAUGCUGCAGGCAGUACACAUGCUGCUCCAGUCGGCAUAAACCUCAAAAAUGAUGAAUUUUCGGAAGACCAAAUUUGCAAGAUUUAUGAAUAACAGAGUGCCUGCCAAUCGAAGAUAUGAACCCACAGAGUAUGAACAUGCGGCAAACUGUGCUACCCAUGCAUUCUGGAUUAUUCCCAGCAUCCUCGGCAGUUCCAUCCUGUGUGGCCUUUCGGACGACCAAUGGGAGAUGAUCUCAGCGUGGAUCUAUGGGUUUGGGCUGUGUGGCCUUUUUAUAGUCUCCACUGUUUUUCACACCAUCUCCUGGAAGAAAAGCCAUUUCCGAACAAUAGAGCAUUGCUUCCACAUGUUUGACAGGGUGGUGAUCUACUUCUUCAUUGCUGCGUCUUAUGCCCCCUGGCUGAAUCUUCGCGAGCUGGGCCCCUGGGCAUCUCACAUGCGCUGGAUCAUAUGGAUAAUGGCCUGUGUAGGGACCGUCUAUGUGUUUCUGUUUCAUGAACGGUAUAAAAUUGUGGAGCUGAUCUGCUACAUGAUCAUGGGCAUCUUUCCUGCACUCGUCAUUCUGUCAAUGCCAAACACCGCUGGACUGUUUGAAUUGCUGGUGGGUGGUUUCUUCUAUUGCCUUGGAAUGUUGUUCUUCAAGAGCGAUGGUCGGAUUCCAUUUGCACAUGCAAUCUGGCACCUCUUUGUGGCGAUCGGAGCAGGCGUCCACUACUAUGCCAUCUGGAGGUAUCUGUACCGUCCGGCCAUGUUGGAAAUGAGGACUUCCAAGUGAUCCGAUUUCAAUUUCUGAGGAAAUAGUGCACAAAGUGAUCAAAAAGGAAAAGAAUGCAGCAGACAAAAUGGCUCAAGAACAUUACAGGGAUCUCAACGUCAUGAUAUAAAGGUGUAAAAAUGAAAACCAGAUACUCCAGGAUCUGCUGUAAGUCUUUUAGCACUGAAUCACCAAUUCAAAGGCCAGUAUUAAACACAAAGAUGCACAUGUGUGCACAUACACAUGCAUUCAGACACAAACAUACACAUACGCACACAAUAACACAAACAAGUACACAUAACAGAUACAGAUAUAUACACGCAACAAAUACACGGACACAAAUGCACACACAGACAUUCCGUCACUAUAGAAUGGACUAGCAUUUAUAGCUGCACCAUAAUUUUUCAUUAACCAUGGAGUUUUAUAGUCAUAUUUCUCCCCAAAAAAACUUGAAUUCUUAUUAGCGGUGUAUAUUUGCCGGAUGCGGUUACACCUUACUAGUUAAUUUUUCUGUGAAAAGUACAAGUAAAAAUCGUGUUUUCUAGAACUUUCUUUAUUAACCUGUGAACCAGGUAACAGGCUGGAUUUUACCAGAAAUUGGCACAGUUGAUAAUCUGUUGCAUUGUCUUAACUAUUUUAUGCAGCUGUCAGAUUUGGGGACAUCUACUUAACUACUGAUUUACACAAUUAUAACACAGGGACAAAGACAGGGUACAAAUAGAUCUUAUGACACUCCAUUUCUAGGAUAAUGAUAAACCUUGUGCUCUGAAGGGUUUCGAACAUACUGACCUUAGGUGAUGCAGGCAUUCCAAGUCACUUAGAGAAGGCAGGAGCCCCUUCACCUAUUCUAUUGAGAGGUCUAAAGCCCAUUUAAUGAACACUCAACAAAAAUGGACAGUGUGGGGGCACAGGCCUGUACCACUGAGGGUUUGAUGGGAUUGCUGCAGCCUUGUUAAUAACUGCUGGGAAAAAGUGUUACUUAUUUUUGUGCAGGGUAGCAGUGCUCUUCCCAGCCUCAGAUCACUCCCUUGGGUCACUGCCCUCUCAAAAUCUCAAUGCCCCCAGCCCACUUGUCCCUUUCCUCCUCUUUAUCCCCCUUCUCUCGCUUUCACUCUCCAGGUCACCUUAAAGCCACACGUAGCCUAAAUUGGAUUUGACCACCAUUGAGCCGGUCACUCCUCCAGAGGCAGUAGAAAUGAGGCCAGAGGUCCAAUUUCAAGCCAGCUUUCACCCUGCUAGCCACAGUGAAUUUUUAGUCUAGAGUUUUAAAGGCAAAAGACCAUUUUCUAGAGCUUUUCUAUACCUUACUAAUUCAUAUCUUCUCCCCUCUUGAGGGUAUUUCUGUGGAAGCUUUCUAGUCCCUUACCUCUGUGACCAGUCUCUAUAGGUUAGCUGGCUAUUGAGGGCAUCACAGUUGAGGCUCUGUGCAGGGGUUGGUGGACAGCAAUGUGGUGGGUUUUUUUUAUUAUUCCAGGGACACUACAGCCAUUAGUCCUAUCCAUACAGCCAUGGACCUCGCCAGAUCAGGGAUUCAGCGAAGGAGCUGCCUGUGUUCAGCUCAGUGUUGAGCAGUGCCUUGACACAUCAGUCCACCAGGGGGAGCCUUGCUUUCUUUCCUAUCACAUACAGAAGGCAGGACUUUUAAAUUACAUCUUUUUAUGAGUUCUGCCUAACUUAAGAACAGUGUAUCUAAAAAUAUCUGCAGCACAGUAAAAUCGAUCCAAUUAAAUUUCCACAUGUGAAAAAUGGGUGAGUUCAUGUAUGUAGACAGCACUGCCUUUUAAACAAGCGGUAUUAGGUUCCAGAGUCUUGCUCAUUCAAAUGCAUACAGUUAAAUACAAUUAUUUCCCAAAGAUACUUAAACACCUCCUAAUUUAAAAGGGGGCUAUUAUCUGCUCUGACUGACUAUUACACUGGGUUGUAACUGAUUACAUUUUGCACUCUGUAAAAACUUUAAGAGAUUUGAGGCCUUGCUAAAACCCUUUGUGAACCAGAGAUCUUUUGGGGUAAAUCUUAAGCUCAUCACAACUAAAUAAGGAGUCACCUUUUGUCUCAAUACAGAGCUUCACUGGGACUAAGGACAGGUCAGGGAAUGGGGUGUAGAGUGUUACAGACCACUAUCUUGAACGUGCUUGCUGCUGGACAUUGACUAGUGGAGGAGAUUUCUCAAAGUUUCAUUGGUGUUACUCUGGUGUUCAAUUAAAAUAGUUUGAUGCACUUUUUAAAGGGCAGCAAUAGAGCUUAAACAGGUUAAAAGAGAAUUAUUGUAAUCAAGAACAAAUAUUUAGUACUAUCCAUAGAUCCUAUCAAUCCUCUUCCAUCACGACCACUAAUUGACACCAAUAUUACACCUCCUGACCUUGUUCCUUUCUCAGUCAGUAGCUGCUAAAACUUUGACCAUGUCUGUGUUUCCUCGAAGCUUAAUUGCUCCAAUAUUCCUUCAUUUUAUCAACUGCAACUUGUCCGAAACCCUGCUGCACAUACCCUAUCUUGGGCUAACUUCUGAUUGCCCAUCACCUUAUUCUCAUGGAUGCUGCUACUCUAUCUUUCAAAUUAAAAUCCUUGUGUUUAAAUCCCUCCAGGGCUUUGCCUGCCCCAGCAUCUCUAUGACUGCUGCUAGCCUUUUGGCCAGUCAUUGCUUAAUAUUUCCUUUGCUGGGAUUCUUUUCAUGUUAAGUUUGCUUAUGUCUCUGUGAAGUGCCUUCGGACAUUUAAAGGCGUGAUGACAGUGUGGUUUAUUGUUGAUAUUGUGAAGAGCCUGAGUUACCAGAUGAUCCCCUUCUAACAUUAGGAUGAUACUAAGAAAUCUUUUUAUCUUCUGCUUGAAAAUGCAAACAGUGGAGGGGCUGUCUGUCUGGGAGGGCAGAGGUGCUGGGAGUGUGACUGCUCCUAAGCACCCGUCAAAUAAAGCAUACACAUUAACUCAAGAUUUUUUUCUCAAACAGACAUUUUGGGCCAGAUCAGAGGACUGUUCUUGUUGGUGGUUAUCCUGUUCCGGCAUGUUAUGACAUACCUCCAGGGGCAGGUGGGAUUUGAACCUGUGCCUCCUGUGUGAGAGGUAGGGAUUAACCACUGCAGCACAAGAAUCUAAUAUGGUGACCCCAAUGUUGAUUAAGAUGAAUACAGAAUGGCAUACACCAUUUGUGAAAUAUUUGCUAUCUCUGGUCCAUUUCUAUAAAGGGUUUUCCUUGUUUUGCCUCGUUGUUCUUACAUAGCUUAGACCUGUCACUAAUCAAAAAGAUAGACAGUCA